UUUUAUUACACCAUCGUAAUUUUCACAAACCGUCCAUGUGGGCAAGAUGGCAAGUUUCCUGCCAGUAGAGGUAAAAUUUGCACAAAGUCUUGCUGACAAUGAAAAGAAAAACAGAUUUAGAGCCGUUAAGAAGCUGAAAAAGUAUCUGCGAGCGAGGUCUUCAUCUAAUAAAGAUGGGUUUACCACAGAUGACUUACUCAAAAUCUGGAAAGGAUUGCACUACUGCAUGUGGAUGCAAGACCAACCUUUGAUACAGGAAGAACUUAGUGUUACCCUUUCUCAGAUGGUUCAUGAACUGGCAUCAGUUGAGGCCAAAAUGCUAUUUAUCAAGGUGUUCUUCAUAACUGAGGCUCGCGAAUGGAGCGCCAUUGACGUCUGGAGGAUCGAUAAGUUUAUGAUGCUGAUGCGGUGCAUGCUUCAUGAGUCGCUGAUUGUGGUACAGAAGCUGCACUGGAAGCCAGAGCCCUUGGACAGGGUGGUGACGAUCUACACGGACGUGGUCAUGAGCCCCACAAGCGACGCGGUCCCUGAUGGCUUGAAGACCCAUUUUACAGACAUCUAUCUUGAGGAGGUAGAGAAAGUCGGCGGCGAACAGUUAACAUCCAUUCAGCUGAUCAAACUUCUAGACCCAUUUGCCACAUAUCUGAAGCUGGGAAAGAAUCCCUUAGUACACAGACGCAUCAUAUCUAGAGUGUUUGAGCCGAUUCUAACUCGAGCAAUGGAGCUGACAAGACAGAAAACCUCAAGAGGGAAUGAGGAGCCAAAGGAAUCAGACUUGCCAUACAUGUCCAUGCAGUUUGAUAACUGCAUGAUAGCAGACCAUCUGUUCCAGCAGGGCCAGGGUCAAGGUGUUACUAACAAAAACAGGACGGCCCUGUAUGACUUGGUUAAAAGGUUGCGUGACACGAAUCAAGGGACAUUACCCCGUCAGAAGGAGGUGACAAUAGCCCCUGGGGUCUCCUUCCUGGACAUGAAGAAGGCAGUUACCUCCCUUGUCAUCAUGGAAACACAAAACACAAAGGAGAAGACAAAGAAAAAGAAGAAGAAAAAAGAUAAUGAGAAGAAUGAGAACACAGACCCUAACAACAAUGCAGGAGGUGAUACAGACUUGAUUCAGCCAGGAAUAGAAACAGCACCCGCAGCGGCUAGCAAGAAGGGCAAACGCAAAUACAUACAAGAAGAUUACCCAGACGCCCCGCUGACUAAAAUAAAGAAAAAGAAUACUGAAGAUGAGACGGAUACCAAGAGUCUCGGAAUACUUCGAGGUGUACUGAAAAACAAGUUGAAAAAAGGCAUUGCUAAGAAUAAGUCGUCAUUGAAACGUGAGAAUAUUGCAGAAACAGCUCCCUUGCCUAGCGUUGCUCUUGUCAUGGAAACAAGGCCUAGUGUAGCAACAAUGACUCCAAACAAAUAUAAGAAAGUUGACAAAGGAUUGGGAAAAGUUUCUCUGGAGAGUGAUAAGAGAGGCUCUAAUGCAAAUAUUGAGCCACCACAGUCUUUCAAAAUAACAAGGAGAGCAGACAAUGUGCAGUGGAUCCCAAAAGAACAGGCACAACCAAUAAAGUUUAGAGACUCAGAGCUAAACAAGACACCUGCAGGUUUCAACAAGAAACGGAAAGCACCGGAGCCAGUGGAAACACUCCGGAAUGACGUUAACAAUUCAGGUACAAACAAAAACUUGAGUGUUACUGUGCCACAAAUUGUGAUUGAGACACCUAAAUCUGAGACAAACAGUCCAAAACGUAAAAAGUCUCUCAGUCUGAGUCCAAAAAGCAAAGGGUUGCUGGGAUCAGACUUUGCCAGGUUUGACGGCUCAAAAGCCCCAGUAGCGUAUGUGAGAAGGUCUUUCAUCAAGGUCAACAAAGGUCAGACGCCCCAGUCUCAACCUGGGUCAUCAAAGUCUCAACGGGGGUCGUCAAAGCGUGUCAGCUUCGAUAUGAAGAAAAAUAAGGCACAAGGAUUCACAGAAAGCCUCAACAGCCCCCUGACUCCAUUUAACCCAACAAAGAAGCCAGAGCAGGGCAUUCUCAAGUCCCCAAAUACAGCAGACGCAUCCACCCCUGUUGCAUCACUCGUUUUUGGCAAAGCCACACCCCCAACCCCAAGAUCCCAGAAUGCAAUAGCACGGGUAAAGGCCAAACGCAGGGGUUCGGUCCAACAGGUUCAAACCCCUUCUACAGUUAUGAUCAGACAAACACCAACUCCAAUUCUGGCAAAAACUGGCAUGGCAAUAGCAGGCCCAACCUCAAUGAAGAAGAGAGAUAAGGCAGUUGAUUUCUUCUACAUGUGAUUUCUGUUAAAUUUUCAUUUUAGAACUCAUAAUUUUUAAUAUAUUUAUGUAGAAAUCUCAUGUUUAAAACUGCAUUUACACUAACUUGGAAAUCUGAUGUACUUAAAUACAUGAGCAAAGAAAAUUAUGAUGAAAAAGCUCUAUUGUUAGUUUGAUAAUUUUGUUAAUAUUUGUAGUGCUCAAAGGUUUUGACUGAGGUUGUCUUUUUGUAACAUGUGCUUUAUAUUUUUGCUUAAUAUACUGUGUGCUAGGUAUCAAUUGUUAAACUUGUAAAACCUAUCAACAGAAUCAUUGAAUGAGAGCUUCUCUGUUUGAAUGGUAACCAAUAUGAGUAGCAUGUUUUUAAUUUGCUGACAUAACAAUUCUGUCAGAACAUCAAACUGUUUUAUGUCCAUUUGUGAGUUAAUACCAUUAAAUUCUAGAAGAUAUUUAGCUUCUAUGUUGGAGGGAAUGCAUUUUUAUGGCAGACUGUUUAUAACAAUGGUGGAGGAUUUUUUAUCAAAAUAAAUAGAUAUAACCUGCAGAUAAGAUCAAAUGAGUUUUGCAUCUUUUUUUCUUCUUUCUAUGCCCCCUUCAAAGAAGAGAGGGUGUAUUGUUUUGCACAUGUCAGUUGGUCUGUCCAUCGUUCGGUCCAUCCACCAAAUGGUUGAUAACUCAAGAACGCUUAGGCCUAAGAUCAUGAAACUUCAUAGGUACAUUGAUCAUGACUGGCAGAUGACCCCUAUUGAUUUUCAGGUCACUAGGUCGAAGGUCAAGGUCACAGUAACUUGAAACAGUAAAAUGGUUUCCAGAUGAUAACUCAACAAUGCUUUGGCCUAGGAUCAUGAAACUUCAUAGGUACACUGAUCAUGAAUGGCAGAUGACCCCUAUUGAUUUUCAGGUCACCAGGUCAAAGGUCAUGGUCACGGUGACUCGAAACAGUAAAAUGGUUUCCAGACGAUAACUCAAGAAUGCUUAGGCCUAGGAUCAUGAAACUUCAUAGGUACAUUGGUCAUGACUGGCAGAUGACCCCUAUAGAUUUUCAGGUCACUAGGUCAAAGGUCAAGGUCACAGUGACCUGAAGCAGUAAAAAGGUUCCUAACAUAUUCACACAAUGGCUGCAAAUGACAGCCCAUGGGGGGGGGGGCAUGUGUGUUUUACAAACAGGCCUUGUUUCUUAAAAAGUCAAUCACAAAUUCUUACUGUAUGAUAUGGACAACAAUGCACAUUUGGCAAAGGAAACAUUGUCUGUGACAGCUUCUAGUUUUCCAAUUCUUCAUUCUGUACCAACGUUAUCUCAGCGAUUUUCCUUGUCCAAUUGGGAAAAGUACCUGUACCGGUCCAAUUGGGAAAAAUUGAGUCAUGAAAACCUCAAAAUUGGGAAAAAUCGAGUCGUGAAAACCUCAAAUUGGGAAAUUGGUGUAUUUGAUUUUUUGCUCCCAAAUACUUUAAAAUUGAUAACCAAGUGUUUUCAAGCUGUCAAUAUUAUAUAAACCUAGGUUCAAGCUAUAGAGCUGCAAAGGGAAACUAACUAAAUGUUGCUUAAAAAAAAAAAAAAAUUUUUUUUUUUUUUUUUUUUUUUACCUUUAAUUGGGAAUUUAAGGACAGCAAUUGGGAAAUUUGUAUUUUUUUCGUAAUUGGGAAAGUGCCGUUUACCGGUACUUUAUAAAGAAGGAGGAAAAUCGCUGUAUCUAUAAUGAAUACAUUUUUCCAAUGACAUAUGAUCAUUUGCAUUUAUGCCUAUUUAUAAAUGUCCAAUGUCUCGACAGAGCAAGGGGCUGAUUAUUUUCAGUUAUGUCAAACAGUAUUUGUUUUACAGUUGUUUUCAACAUUCUGUAUAUUGACUUAUGUUCCUGCUUUUGGUUAUGGUACUUGGUAUGAACAAUUAAUUGAAAAUGAUGUAUUGUUUGUUAAUUAGUAUUGUAUAAUAAUUGUGCUGAAUUUGUUUUGUAUUAAACUAAUACUGUUUAGUUUUACUUUUCACUCGGUUCAAUGGGCUUUGCUUUGCAAUUGUUCUUGUGAUAGGAGCCACAUGUCUUCUGAAUUACACUGUUAACAAACUAACAUCUUUUUGAAACAAAAAUGAAUUUGUGUAAGUUUGAUUUGUACAUAACCUUUCAUUCUUUCAAACUGUUUUUGUACUGGUUUGCAAUGCAUUCUACCUUACAAACCAGAUACUUGUUUGGUAUGAUACAUGUGAAAUAAACUGCUGCUGAACUAUU